GCUCGCGGUAGACUGAGUAAUUCUUGGACUCUGGCGUAAGAUGCUCGCCCGUGUACUUAUUGAAGAAUGACUUAUUGGACUUUGACCUCGAGCCCUCGGAUUUCUUAUGGCGAUUUUUCCCUUUCGGCAUAUUCUCCUUACAUUUUGGGAUAUGGUUGGCACAAAAUUCCAGUACCUUCAAUCUGGUAAUCUUCGAAAGCCGCCGCCGGCACGAAGAAUUUCUUACAGUUGCUUUCCCCGACUUGGACUCCGUUGUUCAUUUCCGGAUUGGUAUGAUGUUUUGCGAAGUCAGUCCUGUUUAGCUCAUCAUCCAGAUAACGUACAUAACCACAAUCAGGGCAGUAUUUGUAUGUAGGUUUUGUAUCGCCGGCAUUAUCUAUUUCCUGAACCGUGGGCUCCAUAACCACUGCGCUUUUCAAGACAUCUAUGGUCGUAUCAUCAGCACUGGGUUUCAACGGUGGAGAUUGCGUGAGGUGCGUAGGGAUAGGAGAGCUGGACGAGUGCGGGGCUAUUUCAGCUGCAAGAUCCUUUUUCCGGGCAUUUUCAGGAUAGUCGACACUGGUUGCGGCAUUGGAUCCAUCUUCGGGGACGUUUUCUGGCAGGAUGGUGACAGCAUCUGGGCUUCCAUCCGUGGCUUCCAUCUCGAGCGAGCGGGUCUCUUCUUCUACAGCUUUAAUUCUCUGUUGACUAGACUUUUGGACAACUUCAAAGCCAUGUUUAGAACUUUGUAGUUGGUCUUGAAGGUCUUGCUUUUCGAGCUGAGCCUUCUCCGUGUCAUGACGACUAGGUUUGAGCCGGUUAAGAAGUUCUCUGACCUCACCCAAGUGUUGGUUUUCAUCUAUGCCUGUAGUAACAGACUGAGACUCGUCCGUGCGACGAGAUUCAUCUCUAUCCCGUGAGGCAGGCUGUUGCUCUUCGUUUGCGUUAUUGUUGGGACCCUCCGAACCUGGAUGAGUCCAGGCACCAUGGUCUCCUGCUGAACUUUGAUUGCGGAUGCGCAAGUAAUCCUUAAGAGGCCGCUCUACAUAUCGUUUCCAGAAGCCCGCCACGGAACAGAAGAUGAUCGCUGUCCAUAUUGCUAUAAACAGCCAAAAUAUAAAGUCCCCGUAUUUGGAGUAUUGUUCGCAGAAGGUGUCUGGGGCGGAACUCUUGUUAACGGGCUUCUCAAAUGCCUCGAGCACUAGAGGCGCUCCCGCAACUUCGGUAUGAAUGACGCCUUUGGUGAUGGUCAUCGUUUCGCGUGCAGGAUUUUGGUGUUGUAUGUCUUUGUGAAAGAAAGAGAUGGAAGAACGUGGCCUGUUUUACAUAGGCUGGUAGUUUCACUUAAGCCGUUGGCAGUGAAUAGCAAACGCAAGGCCAAGCAAACUUCUAGGCACUCUCCACAAGAAUUUUUUUGAUGGACAAAUAUGCGGGGGGUUGUAUGUAACGUCCGCGUGUCAAGUUUAUUAUAGAAAUUGUGUAACAAAGAGACUUUGCCCAAAAGCAGGUGAGCCCGGGCGGCAAGAUGCGCGUCUGUGAAGGCUACUGCGGACAAAGGGUUCGCUGGAGACAAUGAAGUGCUGUUUGAAGACACCCCGCAACUAGCUAAGAUAACUUAGUCAGGGUAUUGACACCGUUUGUUGAUCGGCUUUUCGGGACGCCCGGUCCUCUUUGAGGCUGGCAACAACGAAACAUGUACCCCCUUUGAUCAACAAUAGCAAACUUCGGAUAUUUGAAUGAGUGAUAAUUCGGCAGCAUUGGAAAACCUACAAUGAACUUUGGGCUCGAUCUUUUGACUCUGACCGCAC